UGAACACUCCCAAAUAUUUCUCUCACUUCAAACUUAUAUAAACCUUACAUUAAUUACACAACCAAAUCAGCAUUUGAUACAGUAUGGUGAUCAUCAAGUUAUUAAUACAUGUCUUAUUCUUCUUCCUCGUUAAUUCUCUUCAUCAAGUUCUUGGUCAGUAUAGCCAACUAAACACAACUUCUUCAUGGCUAAAGAACCACACCAAAUCACUCACACUGCCAUUGGAUAAGCCACCAAAGCCGCCGAUUUGUAAAAUUAUUCCUUGCAAACGGUCCGGACCACCAACGGCUCGAAAGAGAUGUUGUCGUAACCAAUGCGUUGAUCUCUUGUCCGACCCAAACCAUUGCCGGUUCUGUUUCAAGAGAUGUCGGUUUGCUUUGUCUUGCUGCGGUGGAAAUUGCGUAGACACUAACAAUGAUCCUUCUAAUUGUGGACAAUGCGGGAACGAGUGUGAGCCUGGUGCACCUUGUGAAUUUGGUAUGUGUGGCUAUGCUGCUCCUUCGUCUCAGCCUGGAAAACGUCGUCGUCAUCCUAAACGGCCACGUCCUCCUCCUUCACCGAAAAGUGACGGUGAACUUCAUGAUGACCGUGAUGAUGAUGAAUAA